ACCCAGGCAGGUCUUGACGAGCCCUGCCUGGGCCAAAGCUUGCGGAGGAUGGAAACACUCGCCCAGCAAUGUCUCUGGGCCGCCUCCUUCGCCGGGCCUCCUCCAAAGCCUCGGACCUCCUGACCCUCACCCCAGGUGGCGGCAGCAGCGGGUCCCCCUCUGUCCUGGAUGGAGAGAUCAUCUACUCCAAGAACAAUGUCUGCGUGCACCCACCGGAGGGGCUGCAAGGGCUGGGGGAGCACCAUCCAGGUUACCUCUGCUUGUACAUGGAGAAGGAUGAGAUGCUGGGGGCCACCCUCAUCUUGGCGUGGGUCCCCAACUCUCGCAUCCAGAGGCAGGAUGAGGAGGCUUUGCGCUACAUCACCCCAGAGAGCUCCCCCGUUCGCAAGGCACCCUGCCCUCGGGGCCGGCGCACCAGGAGCUCAGGGGCCUCCCACCAGCCCUCCCCCACAGAGCCACGGCCCACCCUGAUCCCCAAAGAUGAGGACAUCCUGGUGGUGGCCCAGAGCGCCCCGGAUGGCAUGCUCGCCAGCCUAGCACCAGAGGACGGGGAGAAGCUGGCGCAGGGCCUGGGGGAGGACGGUCCCCUCCCGGCCUCACAGCCUGCCCACAGCGACUCCGGGAUCUUGUCCACGGUCAGUUCGCAGGAUGGCACCGAGGGGGGGCGGGAGCCGCGGCCCGAGGCCGGGGAGGAGGAGGGCUCCUUGGAGCUGUCGGCCGAGGGCGUGAGCAGAGACAGCUCCUUCGACUCGGACUCCGAUGCCUUCUCCUCGCCCUUCUGCCUCUCGCCCAUCAGCACAGCCCUUGCCGAGAGCCGUGGCUCCGUGUUUCUGGAAAGCGACAGCAGCCCCCCCACCAGCUCAGACGCCAGCCUGCGGUUCCCGGACAGCAACGGCCUUCUGCAGACCCCACGCUGGGACGAGCCACAGCGGGUGUGCGCCCUGGAGCAGAUCUGCGGUGUGUUUCGCGUGGACCUGGGACACAUGCGCUCUCUCCGCCUUUUCUUCAGCGAUGAGGCCUGCACCAGCGGUCAGCUGGUCGUCGCCAGUCGGGAGAGCCAAUACAAGGUUUUCCACUUCCACCACGGUGGCCUGGACAAGCUGUCGGAUGUGUUUCAGCAGUGGAAAUACUGCACCGAGACGCACCUCAAAGAUCAGGUAGUCGCCCCUGAAAAGACGUGCAUGCAGUUCUCCAUCCGACGCCCCAAGCUGCCGUCCUCCGAGACGCACCCCGAGGAGAGCAUGUACAAGAGGCUGGAUGUCUCCGCCUGGCUCAACCACCUGAACGAGCUGGGCCAGGUGGAAGAGGAGUACAAGCUUCGGAAGGCCAUUUUCUUUGGCGGCAUUGAUGUGUCAAUCCGGGGGGAGGUCUGGCCCUUCCUGCUGCGCUAUUACAGCCACGAGUCCACGUCCGAGGAGCGGGAGGCGCUGCGGCUGCAGAAGCGAAAGGAAUACGCAGAGAUCCAGCAGAAAAGGCUCUCCAUGACUCCAGACGAGCACACAGCCUUCUGGCGCAAUGUGCAGUUCACUGUGGACAAAGACGUGGUGCGCACGGACCGGAGCAACCAGUUCUUCCGAGGCGAAGACAAUCCGAAUGUGGAAAGCAUGAGGAGGAUUCUGCUGAACUAUGCUGUGUACAACCCGGCCGUUGGCUACUCCCAGGGCAUGUCAGACCUGGUGGCGCCCAUCCUGGCUGAGGUCCUGGACGAGUCGGAUACCUUCUGGUGCUUUGUUGGUUUGAUGCAGAACACGAUCUUCGUCAGCUCUCCUCGAGAUGAGGACAUGGAGAAACAGCUGCUGUAUUUGCGGGAGCUGCUGCGACUGACACAUCUGCGAUUCUACCAGCACCUGGUAUCGCUGGGUGAGGACGGCCUGCAGAUGCUCUUCUGCCACCGCUGGCUCCUGCUAUGCUUCAAGCGGGAGUUCCCUGAGGCCGAGGCCCUGCGGAUCUGGGAGGCCUGCUGGGCCCACUACCAGACGGACUACUUCCACCUUUUUAUCUGCGUGGCCAUUGUGGCCAUCUAUGGGGAUGAUGUCAUCGAGCAGCAGCUGGCCACUGACCAGAUGCUCCUGCACUUUGGAAACCUUGCCAUGCACAUGAACGGGGAGCUCGUUCUCAGAAAGGCGAGGAGUCUGCUGUAUCAGUUUCGCCUCCUACCCCGGAUCCCCUGCAGCCUGCAUGAUCUGUGUAAGCUGUGCGGGACAGGCAUGUGGGACAGUGGCUACAUGCCUGCCGUGGAGUGUACCGGCAACCACCCGGGCUCAGAGAGCUGUCCCUACGGGGGCACGGUGGAGAUGCCUUCACCUAAGCCCCUGCGAGAAGGCAAGAGGGGCCCAAAGUCGCCUCGGGAAGGCUUUGGCUUCCGCAGAUAGGUUGGGCUCCCUGCAUCGGACAGGGGUUGAGGGGACCUCGCCAGGGGUCCUGGGCAUGGGAGGGGGUGGGGAUGGGCAUGGAGGGGACAGGGGGUGGUAGAAACGUAAGGAAAAUGCCUUUGGGCAAUGUGAAGGGAACCUUUUCAUAGUAAUGACAAAAUCAGUCCGGAAGUGACAGAAGUGACCUGCCAGCCCCCAACAGUCGGCUCCUGAAAUGCGCACGCCACUCCACCUGAGACACAGGCUGCUGGGUUCUCGUUGGCUGCCUCUGAAGGAUGUCACCGUGGCCCAGAAAUUCCUCUCGCUUCAUUGGUGACCAGAAGACAUCACCAGACAAUGAGAAAAGCAGAGACAGGAGAAGGCCUUGUUCACCCACCAGCUCCAAGGGCUGCAAAAUAGAGUGGGAGCCCAGAGACAUCUUUGCGAGCCGGACAUACUUCCUCAUCAGAUCCCGUUCUCUCUGAGGGAGCCAAACACACUUCCUGUGGCUUCCCUAGCCACAGCUGUGAGUGACGCAGAUAGGAAGAUGUCUGCCAAAAAAAAAAGCCCAACUGAUUUCAGGAAGAAAGGUGUAGGAAUGUGGAGGUCUUAAGCUCGGGGCUUUUGACACUGUCCAUGUAAACAUUUCAUACUUCUAGAAUUUGAAGGAACUGCCUGCCCAGGAGUCCAAGCUGCAACCUGUUGGAGACGCAUCAAUUCCUUUUGCUUAGCUGGGGGUCUUCUGCAUGAGGUCAACUCCACCCAUGAAAUACAGCAACCAGCUGGGAGCUGAAUGGGUCGAAGUGUGUGUGUGUGUGUGUGUGUGUGUGUGUGUAAGAUCCUCUGAAGAGAAGCUGCUUUGUCCCAGAGAAGGGGUAGUAUAUUAACUAACCAACCAAGACCAGGCACCUGAAAAUAGUAAGGCUCUUCCUCUUCCCCACAGGACUUGCAGUCUACUGUGAACAUGGAUCUUCCAUAAGUCUGCUUCUCAGGGGGUUGGACACAAGAGCAACCAUAGAAGCAUAGCCAGCUCUCAGGGCUCUCUGUUUUCCAUGUGGGAGUGAGGUCUUCCAACACAUUCUUCCAAAAGUCUCUUCCUCUUCCAAAAGACUGUGUAUCAGUCACUCCCUCUGGGGUUUAGAGGUGGACAGACAAGGGCAUACAAUCUAUGAUAUGAGAGCUCCCAACCAACUCUAAAGUAUCAAGCAAUUUGCACGGCAAGCUAUUUUGUUUUUUUGAGUCAGGGUCUUGCUCUGUCACCCAGGCUGGAGUGCAGUGGCAU